AUGUUCCGUUCGCAGUCGUUCCGCGGCGCCGCGUUAUGGUAUUCUAGAAAGCGUGUGUACAAAUCUAGGAUCCUAAAAUCGGACCGCGGUUUGUCUUGUAUCCCAAGCAUUCGUUGUGUUGGCCCACGAAGAUAUGAUCAAAGCAUUCCUGUGCAUCGAUGGCGACUAACAGCUCUCUGUCCGGAACUCAUUCGAAUUGUUUUUUGGCGAGGCGCAUCAAGGCCAGGGAAGCUAGUCGGACUUCCUCGGAGUAAUACGCUACGCGAUCCGGUAUGGUGUCCAGCAUCUCUGUCCCUUUGGUGGAGCCUCCCCGUUGAUGAAUCCCUGUUCGGAGGCCCUGACACGGGUUGCAGACGGGUCGCUACAGUCAGACAGGUUCUUCUUCCUAUCCCGCGUCGUCUUAGUUUUUCAAGGAUCUUUAUGUUCUUUCUCCGGUGGUUUCUUCGCGCUCUUCCCAACAUGGUAGAGUCUCAUUGGAUAUGGUCGCUAUCCUCCAUACCCGUUUUCCUACGGAUGCAGAUGCGCUGGUUAGAUUAUUGCACUGAAACUCGUUUUGGGUAUGCAAGCAUCUACAAGUGCUCCAGUGCCUUUUCGUCACUCUCUCUGUCGCGAACACGCGCGUGGACAGAAACGCCUUUGCGCUCUGUUACGUGCACAAGCAGAAAAGUUAGAGACAAGUUCAGGGCUGGUGAAGGCAGAGAACGGCAAGUCGAAGAACGGCACCACGGACACGAUCGAUUUGUCCAUUCGCCCGUGUGCUUGAGACGAGGUUUCUAA